CAUUGUUUGGAAAACAGUUCAACAAAAAGAAAAAUGAGCGGAAGAGGCAAAACCGGUGGUAAAGCAAGAGCCAAGGCUAAGACUCGCUCAUCCAGGGCUGGAUUGCAGUUCCCCGUCGGCCGUGUUCACAGGCUUCUCCGCAAAGGCAAUUACGCCGAGCGCGUCGGUGCUGGUGCUCCUGUUUAUCUGGCGGCUGUGCUCGAGUAUCUUACCGCUGAGAUCCUGGAGUUGGCUGGAAAUGCCGCUCGGGACAACAAGAAGACCCGCAUCAUUCCCCGUCAUCUGCAGCUGGCGGUGCGCAACGAUGAAGAGUUGAACAAACUUCUGGGCGGAGUGACCAUCGCUCAGGGCGGUGUGCUGCCCAACAUCCAGGCUGUGCUGCUGCCCAAGAAGACCGAGAAACCCGCCAAAUCCAAAUAAGCGGACUCAAAUGUCUUAUUGAAACC